UCAUCCAGCCUCACAUUUUAUUAUCUUGGAAUCUCCAGCAUCUGCAGUUCCCAUUAUCUCUGAGGUUAUGUUGGAGCUGUGUAUGAUGUUAGCCAGGCCCCAGAUGGAGUAUCAUGUGAAGCUCUGGUCAUCACACGACAGAAAGGAUGUGAUUGCAUUAGGGACAGUGCAGAGGAGAUUCACCAGGAUGUUGCCUGAGGAGCUGGAGCGAUUCAGGUAUGAAAAGAGAGAGAUAGGCUGGAGUCGUUUCUCUGAGAGUAAAGAAGGUUGAGGGAGCAGGGGAUUGAAAUGUGCAAAAUUCUGAGGGGCAUACGUAUGGUCGACAGGAAGAAACAUUUCGCUUGGUCAACGGAUCAAUAACCAGUGACAGUAGAUUUAAGGUGAAGGGCAAGAAGUUUUGAAAAGAUUUACUGAAGACUCUUUUUUCUUUCACCCAGAGGAUAGCAGGUAUCUGGAAUUCAUUGCUUAAGAUGGUAGUGGUGGCAGGAACCAUCACAACAUUUAAGAAGUAUUUAAAUGGUGAUGCUUGAAGCAACAUAUCAUACACUGGUCAAGUAUUAGAAAAUUAGAGUAGAUAGGCACUUGAUGACCAGAAUAGACACAGUGGGCCAAAGGGACUGUCCCUGAGCUGUAACACUUUGCGAUGUUUUGACUUCAAAGUGUGUCAUGUCGUCUGUGAAAACUGUAUGAAUACAAGUUUGUAAACCAUGCAACCACAUAAAAGUAAAAUAUAAACUACCGUUCUAUUCUCCAUCCCAAAAUUCUCUUGUUUCCCAAACAGGAAGGAAAUUCUACACCCAGGGUGGGCAAUCGAUGUUGGCCAAUACAAUGAAGCUCACGUCCCAUGAAUGAGUAAAAUAAAUCGUAUUUGUUCCUAAGAAUGCAUCAACAGGAUGUGUGUGUUUUUCCUGAAGUUUUCACUCCUAAUUAAGAAAUGUAGUUAAUUAGAUCUUGCCACAGUUUUCUUUCCCAGCUGUUAACUGAGAAAAAAAAAUUAAUUCAUAUUACACAGGGUUAAUUUAAAGACUUGGCAGUGGUUUUGGAGAGUGGAGGUGGGGGUGAGUUGGAAAUGGUGUGGUUGGUCCCAAUAUAACUAUUUUUUAGAUUGGAAUUGGGAGAAAAAUUGGUGCUUUUACUGCAAGAUAACACAAUCCCACUUAAUCUGAAACUAAAUAAACAUUCUACUUUUUAAUAUCCUCCAGAACUUUUAAUAUAAACACUGAAAAUGAUAAACCCAACUCUCAAACUAGUACAAAAAGAGCCAGAUGCAAAUCGAAACCAUUUGCUGUCUGUGUGACGUCAAAUUUUCAUUAUUAUUGUUUUCCCAAAAGCCACAUGCUUUAUAAUCACUGUGCCCUUCCCUUGUUUAUAAUGUCUCAGGCAAUGAUUUGCAGAUGUUGGGUACGGGGCUGGCUCGCUAUGUAAAACCCGAAAGGAACGAACCAGCAACUUAAUGCAAAACCCCGACAACAGUGAAACAAGUAACUCGGUGUGGUGGGUACUUUAUUCUCUAAGGUAGCUGCUCAGAGUAUCAAUCUGUCAGGCAUUGAUGUAGACAGCUCAAAUGGGCCCUGAUUGUGAAGCCUACAUUUUAAAACUACAGAACAUCCUGUUUUCUUCUCCCGGAUCAGCUGUUUAGUCAGAGACUGUCAAACUUCCUGUCAAAACAAUUAACUGUCUCAGCUUGGGGUUUUCUUUCUUGACGAAUGCCUCCAAUUAUUUUUUUCUGCUUUGGACUUGAAUGACAGUGUUAACAUAGAUUAGAGUCUGCUGCAUCAUUCUCCCUCUCACCACCCUCCUCCCAAACUCCUCAACACCUUCCCUCCUCCCCACCUCACUCCAACCCGCCCGCAGGAUUGAAAAGCCCUGCUGCUUUUCUGGCUUUCUGCCCUACAGCAGUGCUUCCAGGGUGGGAUCUGGCUCUACUCAGUUUACAGAAGAAACUUUUCAACAAAAAAAAAGAGACAAAACAUUUUGAAACACGCCAAGCACUCAAGAGCAGGGGAGAGAAGUGUCAAGAAUGGAGAAGAGAAAUGAAACUCAGGACACCACUAGAAGCAGCACUGAGCUACCAGUGACAAUUCCAGAUGAUGCUCCUGAAUGCUUCAUCUGUAGAGAACUGGAGGUGACAGACCGUGAUUCCUUGUUGCAUUAUUGUGACUGCAAGAGUUUAGUCGCUCAUCACAAGUGUUUGCUGACGUGGAUACAAAAGGGCCCCAAGAAUGAAGACAGGCUGAGUUGUAAAGUAUGCACAGCUGAGUAUCACCUUCAGACUGGCUCAGCAUGGAAGCUUGUUGCCUUCCGUUGGCAGAACUGGGUAAUUCUCGCAGUAAUCUUGGGCCUAAUGACCAUUGUACCAUUCACCGUGUACAGGAUGAUGACAGCCUUCGAUGACCCACCACCUCAUUCUCUCUUUAAAGCAGCAUCUGUUUGCUUUGGACUAUUAUCAGAAACUUUCCUGAUCAAGACUCUCAUCUAUUGCUGCAACAGCAAAUACAGGAAGGCCAAAAUGUCCUCGUUCUCCAUCAGGGAGAGAAAUUCGGAGAAAUGUGACCGAGGGAGGAAUCUUUUGUGGCUGCCUAGUCACAGCCCAACAGCUACUGCAGGGAGCAGGAUCGAAGGAGGCAAGCAGGAGACAGCUAGACUCAGCAAAGGUCUGGAGCUGUGCGUGUGAAAACAAUUGCGGAACUGGGAGAGGCUAAGACUCAAAUUAGCACCUUCCCCAGUCCGCUGUCUGCUUUCCUGGCCGUGGCAAAGGGAAACAGAUUGACUCUUGGUGUCUCAUAUUUAACUCUGGGAAUAAACACCUUUCUCUACGUCUACACUCUGACCAGGCGGGAGCCACUUUUCGACAGAGGGUGACAGUUAUUGUUUUGCACAGAAUAUGAUGCUCGUGUUUACUGAAGGAGUGCCAGUAUUGAGAGAGAGAAAAACAAUAAAAAACACUGGAAAAAGAUAUCGAAAAGAAUCAAGUGGGAUGUCUUGGGCUAGAUACUUUGUCUGGAAAAGAUCAGGAGCCUGCCCAAGCUUGUAUGAUUUCAGUAUUUGAAAAUGCCUGUUGUGACCGCUGGAAGACAAGAAUGCAAUAUCGAGAGACUCUUAAACUGAGUUUCACUCGUCCUGCUCUUUAACACACCUCCCUGCGGUUCAUUAUGCCAAAAUGUUUUAAUCUGUACUCUGGGACUCACUGGUUCUGUGGGCUGCGCCCAUGUAUUUCUGAGACUGAAACUUUUUGAUAGCACUUUCUGUAAAAAUAGAUGCAGCCGCCCUUUGUAUACGUAUAGAAUUAAUAAAAUCUAUGAGGCGCAUAUCAUGCGACAUGGGAGCAUUGUUCCAACGUGUAAGCCAAUGUAGGUGAUUGUCAACAGCUCUAUGCCAACACAACAGGAGAUAGAACCUCAGUGUUGAACUCUGGCAUGCUAUCUGUUCUUAUUUUCUUUUUGCAAUGCCCUGGUCAAAAGUCAGACUUUGAGAGCUUUACGAAGCUGAUAGCCCUGGAUACCAAAUGGACACUUUAAUGUCAUUACAAGUGGGGGGAUUAUUUCAUUUUCUGCUCUGGGGCCUCCAGUCACUUGCAGAAGAAGUCACUGGAGAAACCCCUCAAACAAGCACCUGGAGCUGUCAAGAAGUCAGAUUGAUUGUGUUGAAGACACCAACAUAGUGUCUCGGUAAUGAAGCGUGCUGCAGUAGUCAGAUAUAUUUCACCCUUUCUUACAUUUCAGUAAUUGGUCCACUUCCGUUAACCUUUCCUGCUACUUUACAUCUAAUCCUUGCACAUAUUAACGACUUUGCACCAAAUACUUGCACAAUGCUUAAAUAGAACACUGGUAAACUCAUUAUUUUUCUCUCAAAGUGAAAGGACCCUGCUAUAAGGAUUUUAAACGGAUCUAUUAACUGGUCAGUGUGACUGAAUGAAAUUUGUGUGGUUUACUGAAAGCUUUGCAGACUCUUAGAGAAGCACUUACAAAAGCUGCAGGACCCCUGCACUUGAGAAGCUCAUUGAGUUCUUACUUUCUAAUCAGGACAUCUAUCAUGCUACUUAGACUUAUAGUCUUGUUGUAGAACCGCAUGUGUAAAAAUGCACCAUUCCUUCUCCAUACCGAUUCAGUGGGUGCACUGCAACAGGGUUCAAUUCCAUGCUUUUGCUGAAUUAACGAUACCUGGAGUUUCCUCUGGGAGGGCAACCCAAAGGCUAGAUUUGAAGCUGCAUGCAAUGCCUCACCCAUUUUAACCAGUCACUUCUCAAAUAACCUUCCAGCCUCAAUAGGAAAUAUGCAACUUCACACAGAUGCAAAACAAUCAGAGCUGCAGGCAAGUGUUAAACGCACACUUUAGCAGGAAUUUUUAACGUCUCUUCUUUGCAUGCACAUUAGACAGAACAGGUUUAAAGACCUGCCGUCAGUGAAGGUUUUCCAUUUUUAAGAAGUCCUUCACAAGUCUGUUCAAUAUAACAAAAAAUGUGAAUCCAAUCUUGAUGUGCUUAGCCUACAUAAAUCAUACCUCAGAGACUUAAAAUCUUAUUGAGACAGAUAUCUGAAAAUUUAUUAACAACAAGGUUCAGUGACAUGACAUCUCAGAUUUGCAUAUUCUGUGUUCAGUUAUAUUGCUGCUACUGUAGUUGACUGGCAACUGAUUAAGUGUUUUACUGGUCAACCAACAACUGACUGCUUGUCUGAGCAAAAAAUAAGAUGGAAACUUUCUCUAUUGGAAUGUCACAGUAUUAUCUAGCUGUCUUAAACAUCUAGUGUCUUUCUGAGAUCUUUGCAAUAAUGCAGCAUCCCUGCUUUUCUCUAUACAGCAUAAGAAAGCUGAUAAAUAUGAAUGAGCAAAAAAACAGUAUGCUGCAUUAAUGCAUCAAAUAACAUCUGGUAGGCAUACAAUAUGAAAGGAUCUGGUCAUCAUGCAAUUAUCAUGUGACUCAGCUGUGUAAUUUCACUUUACAGCAUGUGGCCUGUCAUCAUAAUUGAAUGUGUAUCAUGAGCCAUAAUGUCUGCUUUGAUACUUUAAGCAUCCAAGCCAUCAUUUUGACUGACAGAUGGUACCAGGAGUGGUAUCUCUGACUUGUCCCACAAAAGGGAAUUUUGAUGGUCAGUCACUAGAAUAUAGCAAUAUCGCUAGACAUGAGCAAAUACCAGUUGUGAUCACACCACCAUUGCUCAGAAGAGCUUUCCUGUAGAAUGAAAGAUUCUCUCUAUUAUUGAAAUUGAUGGAGUUGGGAUGUUUCGCAUGUUGAUCAAUGUCUUUCUUGAUGCCAGGCUGAUAUAUAUUCUAUGUUUUGGUUUAUUUUUCUGUGUUUUAAGAUGGUGCCGGAAAUUGGUGACACUAUACAACACCUUUCACUGUGUUUUAUAUCAACUCAAUGUGACGGUAAAUAAAUAUAAACCAGAUGAUCUUUUUCUUCUUCA